UUUCAGAUUUCGAUUUUCAUUUUAGAUUCAGUUAUUGUCAGUUUCGUUCAAUUGAAAUGGAUGCCGGAUUCUAUCGUGGCACUUCUACUGAUCAAGACAUUCGUUUUACAGAUAAGGAACGGAAAUUGCUAAAACAGAUGCGGUUUGAACAAGUGCUUGAUAUGAAGGUGGACAUGCAGAAAGUCAACUUAAAUGUCAUCAAACCAUGGAUUACUCUUAAAUUGAAUGAAAUUCUUGGUAUGGAAGAUGAUGUGGUUGUUGAAUAUGUCUUUACACAACUUGAAGAUCGUGAUAUAAAUCCAAAGAAAAUACAAAUCAAUUUGGCUGGAUUUCUGAAUGCCAAACGUGCACGUGAAUUUAUGGGAGAACUCUGGCAAAUGUUUGUUGAGGCACAAAACAGCCCCGAAGGAAUUCCAGCCUCCCUCGUUGAAAAGAAAGUGAUGGAAUUGAAAAUUGCCUCCGCGAGUAAGCCAGCUGAACAGACUUAUGCAAAGGCUACUGAAGUAGAUUGGCAACACCGUUACAAAUCUCUCACUGGUGGACGUUAUGGAAAACUUGAUCCAAGAAGUUAUGAGGUUGAUUACAAAAGAGAAGGUUCUCCCAGACGUAGUCGUGAACGCUCUGGCGAGCGAGAACCAGCUCGACGCCGAGAUUCAGAUGAGGAUCGACUUGAACGUGCAGAGCGCCGUCUGCGAUAUGAAGAACAACGAUUUAAGGAACGAAAGGAUCUUCUGCGUGAAAAGCAACGCAAAGAGGAACGUGAGGUCCGCCGACGCAAGCCUUCACCUUCUUCAGAAGACGGGUCUCCACCAUUAGCAUCUAGGCGCUUUGUUGAAAAUGCUGAAAAUUCAUCAACGAAAAACACUCAAGAGCGAAAACGAGGUAGAAACGACGAAGAAAGUCAUAAAAAGGCUUCUAAAAGAUCGCGUAAACGACAUUCAAGUGGAAGUAAUUCAGAAGAUGAUGAAGACAGAAGAAGAAAGAAAACGAAGAGACACCAUAAAAAGGAUAAGAAGAGCAGGAAACAUAAGGACAGGGAUUAA